AUGUCCACUGGCGACUCAAAUUAUUUAUUAGGACGCAGUGAUUCUCUUAAUUUAGUCGCACGAAACAAACGAAACUCCGUUCCUGACAUCGAAGGAGCGACUACUACCAGGUCUUCUGACGAACCUAUUAUUCAUUCGGAGCCUCAAUCAUCAGGUGCUAUUCUUCCUACACAUACAAAUACGAAAAGCGCUAUGGGAUUAUCUUUGACCUGGAACGAGGACAGUCCUCGAGCGCGGCUUUUGGCGCCUGGCACGGUGCGCCCCAAGCAAAAGGACACGCGUAGCUCUAAGCUUUCUAAAUAUGCGGAAGCGAUGCCUUCGGUCCAGCCACCUAUGCCUUUAUUUGAGCAGGUUAAGCUCGCUUUUCAAAAUGAUACUUACAUGAUUAUGCUCUACACCAUUCUCUCCAUCAUUACGCGACUGUAUCGCAUUGGUGCAAAUGAUCAUGUGGUGUGGGAUGAAGCCCACUUUGGCAAAUUCGGAUCGUACUACAUCCGUCAUCUUUUUUACUUUGACGUGCAUCCACCGAUCGGCAAGAUCUUGGUUGCUGUUGCCGGCUGGCUUAGCGGCUUUGAUGGAAACUUCGAGUUUGAAUCAGGAGAUCAAUAUCCCAGGCAAGUGCCAUUUGUCAGUAUGCGUAUUAUCAUGUCGCUGUAUGGCAUUGCCAUGGUGCCCAUUGCGUACAUGACGGCACAGUCACUCAACUGGAACUGGCGGAGCAAACAUUUAUUUGCGAUUAUGAUUUUGCUUGACAAUGGGCUACUUACUAUCUCAAGGUUUAUUUUGCUGGAUUCUAUGCUUCUUGUGUUUACUGUGAGUACUGUCCUUGGUCUGGUUCGAUUCCAUCGUAUGCAAAAGCAGCCAUUCACUUUUUGGUGGUGGUUCUGGCUCAUGUACACGGGUGUUUCGCUUGGGUGCGUUACCGGUGUCAAACUUGUCGGCUUGUUUGUGACAGCGUUAGUUGGCUUGUACACCAUCGAAGAUUUAUGGAACAAAUUGGGUGAUCUGAAAAUGCCGGUUCGCACGUACUUGCGACACUGGUGCGCUCGUAUUACUGCCCUCAUCAUGGUACCCGUCGCUAUUUACGUCAUUGGAUUCAAGCUGCAUUUCAUGAUUCUUUACAAGAGUGGUUCUGGCGAUGCACAAAUGAGCAGUUUGUUCCAAUCUCACUUGGAGGGUAGUGAUCUUAGCAACUUCCCGCUUGAAGUCGCUUAUGGAAGCAAAGUUACACUAAAGAAUCAGGCCUAUGGUGGUGGUCUACUCCAUUCACACAUCCAAACGUACCCUGGAGGCUCAGAGGAACACCAAGUGACAUGCUAUCACCAUAAAGAUGAUAAUAACAACUUUAUCAUCACGCCGAUCUACGAAGAGCCUCAGCUCCCUUCGCCAGAUGCACAAGACACAACUCCGCCUCGCAUGCUGCGCAACGGAGAUGUUGUGCGUCUUGUGCACGAGCAACUGAACACCAACUUACGCUCACAGGCCACGCCGGGCUUCAUUUCUAAGGACAAAUAUGAAGUAUCUUCGCGUCCGAUGGAUAAGGGUCAAGAUUCCUCCGAAUACUGGGUAGUCGAAGUAUUGAAAGACGUAAAUUAUGGACCAGGAAAGGCAGGCAUGCCCAUCCGCACGCUUUCAACUACGCUUCGUUUCCGUCACCGUGAUAUGGGCUGCUAUCUUCGCUCGGGCGGCGACUCUUUGCCAGAUUGGGGUUGGAAACAACUGGAGGUGACAUGCGAUCCGCAAAACUACCCUAGAGACAUGACGACUCAUUGGAAUGUGGAAAACCAUUGGAACGAGCGUCUUCCGAUAACAAAGUCCCAUCAACGUGCACGCUCGCCAUUCUUUAAAGACUUCCUUCACUUAAAUGUUGCCAUGAUGAUCAGUAAUAAUGCUCUCGUGCCUGACCAUGACAAAUUUGACACGCUGGCAUCGGCACCGAGUGAAUGGCCCUUCUUGUACCGCGGCAUGCGUAUGAAUGGCUGGGGUGCUGAUGACCGCAAGUUCUACCUCGUGGGCAACCCUAUUAUCUGGUGGGGUAGUUCAUGCUCGCUGAUUGCUGCCGUCUUCGUACUUACCUGGUACCUUUUGCGCCGUCAGCGACGCAUUCAUGAUAUGCCCCCCGCUGCGUGGGAUGACUUCUUGUUUGGUCUCAAGGUGGGCUGGAUCGGCUGGUUCUUGCAAUACUUCCCAUUUUUGCUCAUGGGUCGCGUCACAUACCUUCAUCAUUACCUUCCUACGCUGUACUUUGCCGUGCUCGUGCUUGUGCACCUGCUCGACCACUUUUUGUGGAACGACGUAACAGCGCGCACAUCGAUGGAUUGGUCUAUCUUCUUGCGCACUGGCCGUGUCGUCAGCACCAAGCUCAAUCCAUUUGUGCAUGAUACCGCUGCUACAGUGCCUGGCAAGCCAUUAUCGCCUCAGAUCAAGAAUGUAACAUUUGCUGCCAUUGCUGCCGUUGUGACGAUGGUUUUCUUUUGGUUCAGCGGCGCAUCAUUUGGCAUGGUGGGCGAUAUCAGCACGUGGAAGUACAUGCAAUGGCGUAAGCAUUGGGAUAUCUAUAGCCAAUAA